GUGUUCUUCAUCUUAGGCGGGCCCUACAAGGGGAAGGCCGUGCAAAAGGCUCGGCCGGCGUCAAUGCUUGCGCUUGUUGACGUCAGCGAAGCUAUCCCUUAAGAUUAUACCUUAAUAAGACUUACGUCGCUUACACAAUUGGCAACCCCUGUUGAUGGAUCGUCCGCAAAGCGUUGGCGAUGAGGAUGAUGCCGGACCGCGCGAGGAGGGCGGCCUUCAGAGCUAUCAGGAGAAUGAAGAGGAACGCGCGGCUCUUGCACGCAUCAUCCUAGCAUUCCGCGACUACGCCGACUCCGCGGAGUGGGAGGUGGCCCGCUGGCGCUCCAACUUCCUGCAGCUCCCGCCCCACCAUAAGGCCCUCCUCACACCCGCCCAGCCCGCCAAGCUAGCCGCAGCUCGAGCCGCCAUCGCCACAAACGCCUUCUUCAUAAAGUCACUGCUGCAAGCGUUCGAUCCGGAUUGCGCUGCGGGGCCGCUGCCGCCACACCUGGCCGUGCCUCGGAGCCUGCUGGAGGGGGACGGAGAAGCAGCGGAAGGAGGAGCGGGAGAAGCGGGAGGUGGGGAAAGGAAGGAGGAAGGGGGCGAGGAGGAGCAGGAGCAGGAGCAGGGGUUCCCGCCGGUCAGCCCACAUGAUGCGGAGAAGGUGCGCUACGUGCUCAAGAACCUGGCUCGCGACUGGUCGGACGAGGGGGCGGCGGAGAGGGCCAUGUCGUACGGCAGGAUACUGGCGGAGCUCAAGGAGAUCUUCAAAGACUGGUCCAACCCGCACCGCCCUCCCCGCGCGCUCAUCCCGGGUGCUGGCCUGGCUCGGCUGUGUGUGGAGGUGGCGGGAAUGGGGCUGGAGGCGCAGGGGAACGAGUUCAGCUACUUCAUGCUGCUCACCUCCUCCUUCAUCCUGAACCACACCUGCGAGCGCCACCAGUACACCAUCCACCCCUGGCUACACUCCAAUUGCAACCACCUGCGCGACGCGGACCAGCUGCGCGGGCUGCCGGUGCCGGACGUGGUGCCGGGGGAGGUGGUGCGCGGGCCGGGGCUGCUGAGCAUGUGCGCGGGGGACUUUGUGGAGGUCUACUCCGCCCCCGACAUGGCUGGCAUGUUCGACGCGGUGGUCACUUGCUUCUUCAUCGACACUGCACACAACCCGCUGCGAUACCUGGAGGUCAUCUCGCACUGCCUGGCCCCGGGGGGCGCCUGGGUGAACCUGGGGCCGCUGCUGUACCACUGGGCGGAUGCGCACACUUACCUGCCGACCCCCGAGUUGUCCGUGGAGCUCUGCCUAGAGGACCUGCGCGACGCGGCCCAAGCCAUGGGCUUCCGGCUGGUGCGCGAGGAGAGCCUGGAUGUGCCGUACAUGGCCGACUACCGCUCCAUGUUCAAGACCGUCUACCAGGCCAGCUUCUGGACCAUGGUCAAGGAGCGCGACUGGCAGCCACCCAACCAGCCGGAGCAACGGCAGCAGCAAACACCACCGCCGCCACCGCCACCACCACCACCGCCGCCACCACCGGCCCCGCAGACCGCAACCACGACGGCGGCGGUAGUGCCAGCUGCAGACUCCUCCUAGUUCCCGGCCCGAUCCGGCACAACAUGGAGCCUACUAGCAACAUGCCGCGUACCGCAGCAAGAGACGCGCGGGCGGCUCCGUAAUGUGUUGUUGACCUUGCUUUGACAUGCAUCACAUACCGGUACAUCAUCAGGAUGUCUGCCAGCGGCACGCAGGAUGCGUCUCUGUGUUGGCUGCGUGCUACAGCAGCUUGAGAAGAACGAAUGAGUUGACGUUGUUAAGCUAGGGGCGUCGUGACCCCGGCGGCAGGUGUGGUAGCGUGCAUGUGCCGCAGCAGGAUUGUUGGGUAGUGGCGGGGGCGGGUGUUGGGUGAUGAGGCAAAAGAGGGAUGGAGAGUGUGGUGGGCAGGGCUGAAGCCCUGGCCGUGUCCGCAGACCAUUGGUUGUCUGAUGCUAGGGUGUUGGUUGGGUGUUAGUUGGGUGUUGAGGUGGAUUGUUGUCAUUUGAGAGCAGCGGGGAUGCGGACGAGGUGAGGGGCGGCUGGUCACAGAUGGGUGGUUGGGGUGGCUGGCUGGCUGGCUGGAUGGAUGCCGCCGGGGAAGCUCCAGUCAUACCAGGCCAUGAAAGCGAGGAUACAUACGGGUAACUGCAAAUAAAGUUGACC